AUUAACUUUAUUUAUAAAAUACUUCUGGGAUUAAUUAAACUUCAUUGUUUCGAAGGUCAACUUGCCGUGUUUGCAAAAUACACUUUUGAAUUUUUCUCUUUAUUGUUCAUGACAAGAAUUAUAUAAACAACCAGAAUGUCGACAAUAAUUAAAGAUGAAGAAAUGAAUAAUCAGCGCGUGUUGCCUCGGAUAGUUCUGAUAGCCUGUGGUUCUUUCAGCCCACCGACGCCAAUGCACUGUCGAAUGUUCGAAAUUGCCCGUGAUUAUUACAAAACACAAGGAACACAUCACGUCAUUGGUGGCAUCGUUUCACCCACACACGAUUCAUAUCAGAAAAAAGGACUCGUUGCUGGCACACAUCGAUUUGCUAUGUUGAAAUUGGCAUUGCAAUCCACAACAUGGAUAAAACCCUCAGACUGGGAAAUACAACAAUCGGAAUGGUCACGCACAAUCUCCGUUCUGCAGUACCAUCAAAACUAUAUGAAUAACUAUAUCAACUCUCCACUAGAAAGUGACAUGAACGGUACACUACCUAGCUGGAUGCCUACAGGUUUGCGUGAGCGGCAGGAUGGCGUGCAAUUGAAAUUGCUGUGCGGAGCUGAUUUACUAGAAUCAUUUGCAGUGCCGGGAUUAUGGGCAGAUAAGGAUAUUGAAGACAUUGUUGGCAAUCAUGGUUUAGUGGUUAUUUCACGUUAUGGCUCUAAUCCUGAAAAAUUCAUUUUCGAGUCAGAUAUGUUGACGAAAUAUCAGAAACAUAUUACGUUAAUAACGAAUUGGGUACCCAACGAAGUUAGUUCUACAAUGAUACGACGUCUUAUAUCGCGCGAUCUGUCUGUGAAAUUCUUGAUCGAUGACAGGGUCAUUGAUUAUAUUCAAAUGCAAGGAUUAUUUAAUUGUAAAACUUUCAAUUUAGAUAAUCGUAAGCCUUCAAGCAUGAACGUGUUUUGUUGUGGUGACAAUGAGAAUAUUGCCGCAGCCAAGAAGUUGCUCCCAAUUCGUAAUGGGCCAGGACAAGUUGUGCAGGUGGUGACGUCCGAGAAGGGUACGAAAGUUACAACGGAGAUCCAGCGCGCUGGCAGUGGUUGGGAUGAGUCCGACGCCAAAAAGAAAAAGACAGAUGCUGUGAAUGUUUAAAGUCAUUGGUGUAGUGUUCCUGAUAGCGUUUAGAAAACAUGUGAAGGAUGUUGCAACCAAAUAAUGGUUGUAAAAGGGAUGUUGUAAAUGGAGAGUGCUUGCUGAAAGUGAAAAAAUAUUCAAAUAAUUUAUACUUGCUUACGCUUAACUGAAAUGAAAAUUCUAAUAUAAUAUAUGUAUGUGUGAUGUUUGUCAAUAAUUUUCAAUUUCAUGCAGUUUGGUGUGGUGGAACUUAUAAACUAUAAUAUUAGAUUAACGCAGAAAGCUGUUUUAGCACUUCAUGAAUUUCAAAACGCUUAUUUUCUUAGGCAUAAAAUAGUCUAUCUGUAAAUGCACAGCAUAUCACAAUUCCGAAUUUUUCUCGUUUAAUUCACCAAAGUAAUGUAUUUAUGUAUAGACGAGAACGGUUGCGUAACUUUUUAUAAAAUAAUUUUGGAUAUAAUUAGAU